CGCGCUGCGGCGGGGCCCGGUGGGCGGCCAAGAUGGCGGCGGGCGGCGCGGAGGGCGGAGCGGGCCCCGGCGCCGCCAUGGGCGACUGCGCCGAGAUCAAGUCGCAGUUUCGCACUCGCGAGGGCUUCUACAAGCUGCUGCCCGGCGACGCGGCGCGCAGGCCGGGGGCAGCCUGCGCUCAGACCCCGGCGCCGCCGCAGCCCCCGCAGCCGCCGCCCGGGCCGGCCGCGGCCUCGGGCCCGGGCCCCGCGUCGUCCCCGCCGCCCGCCGGCCCCGGCCCCGGGCCCGGGCCCGCGCUGCCCGCCGUCCGCCUCAGCCUGGUGCGCCUCGGCGAGCCCGAUGGCGCUGGGGAGCCGCCCUCCACGCCCUCGGGCCUGGGCUCGGGAGGAGACCGCGUCUGCUUCAACCUGGGCCGCGAGCUUUACUUCUACCCCGGCUGCUGCCGCCGCGGGAGCCGGCGGUCCAUUGACCUCAACAAGCCCAUCGACAAGCGGAUCUACAAGGGGACCCAGCCCACCUGCCACGACUUCAACCAGUUCACAGCCGCCACGGAGACCAUCUCCUUGCUGGUGGGCUUCUCUGCCGGCCAGGUGCAGUACCUGGACCUCAUCAAGAAGGACACCAGCAAGCUAUUCAACGAAGAGCGACAGAUUGACAAGACCAAGGUGACGUAUCUCAAGUGGCUGCCCGAGUCAGAGAGCCUCUUCCUCGCUUCUCACGCCAGUGGCCACCUGUACCUCUACAAUGUCAGCCACCCCUGCGCCUCCACCCCACCCCAGUAUAGCCUACUGAAACAGGGUGAGGGCUUCGCUGUCUAUGCAGCCAAGAGCAAGGCUCCCCGAAACCCACUGGCCAAGUGGGCGGUGGGCGAGGGGCCCCUCAACGAGUUCGCCUUCUCACCGGAUGGCAGGCACCUGGCCUGCGUCAGCCAGGACGGCUGCCUGCGCGUCUUCCACUUUGACAGCAUGCUGCUGCGGGGGCUCAUGAAGAGCUACUUUGGGGGUCUGCUCUGUGUGUGCUGGAGCCCUGAUGGCCGCUAUGUGGUGACAGGAGGGGAAGACGACCUGGUCACGGUGUGGUCCUUCACCGAGGGUCGCGUGGUGGCUCGAGGCCACGGCCACAAGUCCUGGGUCAAUGCUGUGGCCUUCGAUCCCUAUACCACGCGGGCAGAGGAGGCAGCGUCAGCCAGUGGUGAGGAGGAGGAGCCUGAGGCCACCAGCUCAGACACAGGAGCCCCAUUGUCCCCACUGCCCAAGGCCGGCUCCGUCACCUACCGCUUUGGCUCAGCUGGCCAGGACACACAGUUCUGCCUGUGGGACCUCACAGAGGACGUGCUCUCCCCUCGUCCCUCUCUGGCCCGAACCCGCACCCUCCCCGGCACCCCUGGGGCCACCCCGCCAGCCUCCGCUAGCUCUCGGGCCGGAGAGGCAGGCCCAGGCCCCCUGCCCCGCUCCCUGUCACGGUCCAACAGCCUCCCUCACCCAGCUGGUGGUGGCAAGGCUGGUGGCCCCGGCGCAGCAAUGGAGCCGGGCACGCCGUUCAGCAUCGGCCGCUUCGCCACACUGACCUUGCAGGAGCGGCGGGACCGAGGGGCUGAGAAAGAACAUAAGCGCUACCACAGCCUGGGAAACAUCAGCCGUGGGGGCAGUGGGGGCAGCAGCAACGACAAACUCAGCGGCCCUGCUCCCCGCAGCCGCUUGGAUCCAGCCAAGGUGCUGGGAACGGCACUGUGCCCUCGGAUCCACGAGGUCCCGCUCCUGGAGCCCCUCGUGUGCAAGAAGAUCGCUCAGGAGCGCCUGACCGUGCUGCUGUUCCUGGAGGACUGCAUCAUCACCGCCUGCCAAGAGGGUCUCAUCUGUACCUGGGCUCGGCCAGGCAAGGUGUUUACAGACGAGGAGAACGAGGCCCAGGCAGGGGAAGCGAGUUGGCCCAGGUCCCCCAGCGAGCCAGUGGUAGAGGUAGGGCCGACCCCCAGAUUCUCUCCUCUCAACCGCCCCAUCUGUCUGCCCAGGGUCAGCUGGGCAUCAGUAAAAGUGCCCCCUGGGGCAUGGAUGGCCGCUUUAGGACGGGGCUGGAGGGCCCAGCUGGGGUAGAAGCAUCGUGAACCCUUGGGGCCCCCUCCCAGCAGAGACCCGGGUGCUGUCUAAUCCAACCUCCCUCUCACCCUCCCAGGGCAUCUCCCAACCAGGCAACUCCCCCAGUGGCACUGUGGUGUGAAGCCGUGGAUGGCCCAUGUCCUCCUAGUCAUAGCCCUCCCUGAGGUCUCAAGGCCCACUGUAGUAACAAGACUAAUCAUGAUGAAGACUGCACCGAGCCCCCACCCUGCACAGACUGGCCCCGCCAUGGCGCUGUAGCAGCCUGUGUGGCCUCAGCCCUGGCCUCCACCCACUGCCAAGUACAAUGACCUGUCCUCUGAAAUAUCAGUGUUAACCCACACCCCUGUCCCAGCAUGUGACUGGUCACUCCUGGGAGACUCCACCCACAGCAGCCCAGCUCCACAGCGCCCCUGGGUGAGAGGUGCGGGGGUGGCCCCUCCCCCCAGCCCACCCCACACUCACCCCUUGCUCUGGUUUGUGCAUUGGAAGAGUGUAAAAUUACGGAGGCCCAUGGGGCCCUCCAUGCCCCCCCAACCUCUUAUUUAUACUAAAGUACUUGUUUGCACAGCG